UAUCUGCCUUUGCUGCUGCCCUUCAAAACACUGAAGACGGGGACAUUGGAGCAUCCAAUUCUCAUCCAGAUGUGACUUUUCCUGUCUUAAUUAUUCUCUAGGCUUUACUACUAUCCUACAUCUGUUGUUUUCCAUUUUUUUCUUAUCCUUCUGGGCAUUGCAUUCUCCACUUGCCAGAAGUCAUUGUCAAGGAGACUGGACCGCCUGUGCAAGGUUGUACCCUGACUUUGGCCAUUGACUCACCAACAUAUCUAGGAUGACUAAUCACAUUGAAGUUCCCAUUUCUGAUGGACAUCACUUGAGCUUAGAAGAAUUUCCCAAACCCUGUUUGACAAAGUAUUGUAGCUGGUUUAGAAGAAAUCUUCUCUUGAUCCUAACUAUAGGAGGUGUCAUAUUUGGAUCUCUCUUUGGCUGUCUGCUUCGAUUACUUCCACCUUUGGAUGGGAACAUUCUUAUUUUAAUUUCUUUUCCAGGAGAUAUACUUAUGCGUAUGUUGAAGAUGUUGAUUUUACCCCUAAUCAUCUCCAGCCUGAUUUCUGGUUUAGCAGGACUUGAUGCCAAGUCUAGUGGUAGGAUGGGUACACGUGCUAUGGUCUAUUAUAUGUCUACUACUAUUCUAGCUGCACUGCUUGGAGUCAUCCUUGUUCUCUCUAUUCAUCCUGGAAACCCCAAAUUAAAGAAACAGGUCAGCGUCUCAACCAAAAAUGAAGAGGUGUCCAGCAUUGAUGCAUUUCUGGACCUCAUCAGAAACUUGUUUCCAGAGAACCUAGUACAGGCUUGCUUUCAACAGAUACAAACUGUUUCUAAGAAAGUUCCAGCUCCACCCUCACCCUUGGAUCUAAUUCGACCUAUCAAUGAUACUGGCAUAUCAAGCAAUGUUUCACAAGCAAACUCUACUUCUGAAGUGAAUGCAGUGCCUGUCAUGAUCACACAGAAGAAGCUUGAGUAUAAAGGUGGCAUGAAUGUUCUUGGACUCAUUGGCUUCUUUAUUGCCUUUGGAAUUUCCAUGGGAAAAAUGGGAGACCAAGCCAAAAUAAUGGCUGAUUUCUUCAAUAUCCUCAAUGAGAUAAUAAUGAGGCUGGUCAGCAUGAUAAUGUGGUACUCUCCACUUGGGAUUGCCUCUCUUAUCUGUGGGAAAAUUGCAGGCAUCAAAGAUCUAGAGACCGUUGCCCGGCAGCUGGGCAUGUACAUGGUUACGGUGAUUGUUGGCUUAGUGAUCCAUGGAGUCAUGAUCCUGCCACUUAUAUUUUUCUCCAUCACCAGGAAAAAUCCCUUUCAUUUCUAUGCUGGCAUAUUCCAGGCAUGGAUCACUGCACUUGGGACAGCUUCCAGUGCCGGCACACUUCCUGUAACUUUCCGCUGCUUGGAAGAGAAUCUGAAGAUCGACAAGCGAGUAACCCGCUUUGUUCUUCCUAUUGGAGCCACUAUUAAUAUGGAUGGCACAGCCCUCUAUGAGGCAGUGGCAGCCAUUUUUAUUGCUCAGAUGAAUGACAUUUCCUUGGAUGCUGGUCAGAUAGCAACAGUCAGUCUUACAGCCACAUUAGCAAGCGUGGGGGCAGCCAGUAUUCCAAGUGCUGGACUUGUCACUAUGCUCCUCAUCCUAACAGCUGUGGGCCUUCCAACUCAAGACAUCAGUCUGCUCAUUGCAGUGGACUGGCUACUAGACCGAAUGAGGACUUCAAUCAAUGUGGUUGGAGAUUCAUUUGGAGCUGGCAUCAUCUACCACCUUUCCAAAGCUGAGUUAGCUGCUAUUGAUGCCAAACAUGAUGUGAAGGAUGGAACAGAUAUAAUGAAAUUGCACACAAUGAAUCAUGAAGGUGCAAAGAAACCAAUCAGGGAGGGCAUUGGCACCCCACCAUUCUCUGGCUAUGCCUCCUUGCCUACUGAUGAGUAUGAAGUUCAGGUGGAACCAUCUCUGCACCUUUAAUUUUAACACUUUGCUGCAUAUGCUGUUAUUUCAGCUACGUUGUAAUUGCAGCAGUGAAUUUAUUUUUCAGUGCCAGCCUCAGGUUACCCAGAUUUCCUUAUUAACAUUAGCACUAAUCAGGCAUGGCAUUGGUGCAAUGUCUACUGGUUAGCUGAUGCCUUUGCUGUCCCCUCUAUUUACUCCUAUAGGAACUAUAAUCAAAAAUCUGGCGCCCAACUUUGCAGUUAGUGGAAGUUUGUGAAAUGAAUCCUCAUCUAUGAACAUCAUAAUUUGUAUUGUCUGAAGUAUCGAGCUGCUAAGUACUGUAUAGCUUUCAAGGCUCCUUCUGAUACAGAGGUAACAAAACAGGGCACCAAAAUCAUGGAAACACACAGCCGAAGGUCAUUAUGCUAUGGGGUCUUUUCACAAAAGCUAUUUUAUUGUAUUUCUAAGUAAAUUUAAUAAAAGUUAUUGUAAAAAAAGUGUGGUACAUCUGAGUAGGUGACAUUUUAAAAUGGGAGGUACAACAAUGCACAAUUUCAAAUGGGGGUGGCAUUCCUGCAUCUAUUUGAGCCACACAGGGGCCUUGCUCCAAUGUAUGACAUGCCCCCUUACAUGUGUCUGUGAUAAUCAAUAAUGUGGACACAGUCAAAGUCACAUUAAAAUAAUGGGACAAGUAAUGCAGUAGCUUUAAUUAAAAAAAAUCCAAGAGCUCUAGGUCAAUGUCCCACAUGCCCCAUACACACGACAUACGGAGAGCUUUUGGCCGGGAAUCCCGGCCGUGUGUAUGCUCCCUUGCAGUUUUUCUGAUGAGAAAAAGAGAACCAGGUCUCUUUUUUCCUGCCGGGAUUCCCGACUGACUUUUUCCCGCCAGAAAACCCGGCCGUGUGUAGCAGAAACCGGCCAUUUUCUGCAGUUUUCCUGUGGUGAAAAACUCAGUUGGAGCAUGAACAUGUUCGGGAUUCCUGAGGAAAAGCUCUCAUCAGAGUUUUCCCGAUGGGAAAACUGAUCGUCUGUACGGGGGAAAAGUAGAGAGCAGGUUCUCAGUUUUCCCCUUGGGAUUUCCAACGGACCUUUUCCCAUCAGGAAUCCCAGUCGUGUGUACUAGGCAACAUUCCCAGCAUAGGAUGGCAGCAUAUUUUGCAGCCUCCCCUAACCUACAAUUCAGCAUAUACAUGAAAGCAUGGCAGCCACAGAUCUCCUUUGCAGAUAAAUUUCACUUAAAGUGGAGGUUCACCCAAAAACCUUUUUUUUUAACAUUAGAUUGAGUCUCGUUUUGUCA